CCUCUUGUACUGCCUGGAUUGCCUAUGAGGGAAGAUCUGCGCGCUCAAUUUUCGCCGUAUGAACGCGCUACUACUCAGGCGGCCUAGGCAGUGAUCGUCUAUCGCUUCCUGGAUGAUGGUGACGUGAAGCUCGGUCAGCGCAUGGCGUCGUGACCGUCUGCCUCUUGUCAAGCAACAGCGACGUGGGCCUGGGUCAUCUCAGAGGACGCAAGAUGCCCGGACAGAAACGAAGGAUCAACGAGCUGACGGCCGUGGAGAUCGACCCAAUAGUGCAGUCGCUCGUACCUUUCGUCGCGGGGCUUGACCGGGACGAUGAAAGCACUGCCGGAGUGGUCGAGGCGAUCGAAAGCUUGUUCUCCAAACUUAAACGAGGCUCGCGCGCACCCUCAAUUGCUACCGUGUUGGAUCUGCAGGAGCUGCGGAUUUACCCCUACGGACUGGAAUUCAAAGAGGAUGCCGCGAAGGGCCUGGCACGCCAGCGAGGCGCGGAAGAAGUGGACAACAACUUCCUAACUUUGGCUAACACGAAAGCACUGUUCAGACUCGUGCGUAAGCACAUGUCGACUGCGUCACUUGCUGGAUCCCGGAUGCUAAUCGAUGUCAUAUUCCUGCGACUGGCGUCCGUACUGAGCACCGAUCAAGACAGCCUCUCAAUCGUCUCAGACUGGACAGCCCUCAACACAUCCCUUGAUAGCAGGCAUUCGCUCCAAGGCGUGAUAGACUAUCUCAUCGCGAAGCGCCCCUCCAAGUACUCUGGUCUCGUGUUGUCGGACCCGGUCGGGGCGCUCAAUAGGCCGGACCUAGUUCACACCGGAUCUUCGAACAUCUACGAGGCUCGCACGUCUUCUGAGCUCCAGUCUGGACUAACGCAGGCGGUCAUGGCAUCAGCGGCGUCCUGUCGUGAAACGCACAAAGAGUGUGCGAGGGGUGCCGUCACGUGUGGUGAUCGUUGGAUAUUCUUCGCAUACCAAGCGCCUAAAGGAGGCGAUUAUGCCAAGUACGCUCGGACUGAGGUGCUAGAUAUUGGCAAGGACGCUGAGAACCUGGAUCUGAUCCUUGGUAUUCUGGUUGAUUGGAUCGAGAACUCAGAAGUGUUUGGACCUCAGAAAUACUUCUACAUCAUCUAGGGUCGACUAUAUUUGGAUGACUACGGGAAUGUCACAUAUCGCAAUAGCUAGCAACAGCCUUAAUAUACCCUGAUCGCAUGUCCUUGUACGUUGGAUGAUGUCCAGAUCGUGUCCAGAUUGGUACGCAUGUGGCAACGCAAGGCGGGCGAAGGACGAGAAGAUGUACUAG